CGCCCAUUAUCCACCCGUGAGUGCUUUCUUGUCUGCAAGCCACUUUAUCUUUCUACUCUCGCCAUGUCUGACGUAGUUUGGAGACCAGAAGAUGAUGCAAAGAUCAGACCACCACUUCAGGAGGGCCAGGUAUACAGGCCAGACAUACUGAACGUAAUCGAGACGACCGUUGAUGGACUGAGCGGAGAGCUGAGGGCUUUAAGUCUCGAUAUCCAUGACCAUCCAGAGCUAAAGUUUGAAGAAAAAUAUGCCCAUGACGCAUACACUACGUUCAUGGAAAAACAUGGUUUCACAGUGACAAAGAAGUAUCUUCUUGAGACUGCCUGGGCGGCUACCUACACCCAUGGACAAGGAGGGCGCGUUUUGGGAGUCAAUUCUGAGAUGGAUGCACUCCCUGGGAUCGGACACGCUUGCGGACACAAUCUUAUUGGGAUAUCCGGAGUAGCUGUAGCUCUUGCAGCCAAGGCCACUAUGGAGAGGUUGAACAUCGAUGGAAAGGUAGUUCUGCUCGGCACACCUGCCGAGGAGGGUGGUUUUGGCAAGGUCCUGCUAUAUGAAAAGGGUGCUUAUGAUGAGAUGGAUGUAUGCCUGAUGUGCCAUCCUGCGCCUGGCCCCCGCCACUCCAUUAGUUUGUCUGGCUGCUUGGCGAUCUCUCGCAUCACGGUGGAGUAUCAAGGCCAUACUGCUCACGCUGGGUUAAGCCCUUGGGAGGGACAAAAUGCACUUGAUGCAGCUGUCCUUGCAUAUAAUAAUGUUUCUCUUCUCCGUCAGCAGAUCAAGCCUACUCACCGCGUGCACGGCAUAUUCGAAGGAAAGGAUUGGGCUCCAAACAUCAUCCCAGACCACGCUAUAAUGCAGUGGUUUGUCCGUGCUCCCACAACAUCAGAGAUGGAAGAUACCAGGAAGCGUGUCGUUUCCUGCUUCGAGGCAGCUGCACUGGCAUCUGGAUGCAAAGUUCAAGUUACGGUCGGAUCAGUAGGAAACGAAAUUACGCAAAACAAAGCACUUGGCGAUGAGCUUGCCGAUGUUGUUCUGAAGCGCUAUGGUGCUAUCGAUUACGACUGGGGUAUCAAGAAUGCUUCUACUGAUUUCGGGAACAUAACAUACUUGAUGCCUGGUCUUCACCCUGGUUUUUCCAUCCCGACCAUUCCAGAUGGCGGGAACCAUACCUCAGGAUUCACGGAAGCUGCACGCUCCGAAGUAUCCCAUGACGCCUGCUUGGUGGUAUCGAAGGCACUCGCAGCUGUAGGUAUGCGAGUGCUGACUGACGAGGCGUUCCUCCAGAAAGUCAAGAACACAUUUGAGGAAGAUAAGAAACUAAGAGCGUAAAUACUACCCUUUCAUGCGCACAUUGUAGGAUCAGAAAGAGGAAUUUGCAUAUGUCAAACAUAGUUGCAUUGAGUGCGUUA